CUCUCCUCUGCAUCCUUUUCAUGACAGGAGUAAAGCUCUACUUGUUGAGUUCACUCAGUACAAUGCUGAUGUCAAUCUGUAUGUGACUGUGAUGCUCCUGUUUGAGUUUCCGUCAGACAGGCCGGCAAUUGCUUCAAUGUCGAUAUUCCCCUUCCCAAUGUUAAAGUCAGGUGACAAUGUGGACCUUCGCCUUGUCAUGAUGAUAAGCCUGCUUCUCUUCAGUGGAGCUUUUGUCCUACCAAAGCUGUCCUUCACACCUCCGGAAAAGGCGCCAUGCCUGUGGCAGAACUACAGUCGCUUCCGGCUGCUCCUGGCCCUGAUUUCCAUCACUGUUGCUGCCUUGCACUUUACCAACAACCAUUUAGCAAAGGCACGCUUGCUGCAUUCCCAGAAGCACUGUCAGGCUUUCACCAGCUUUUACGAAGUGGCAGUGCUGGCUCGCAUAGAAGCCAUCCUCUGCGCCCUGCUGCUGACGAUCACCAUGCUGAAGAUGGUGCAACAGCUGCGCUUUGUCCGGAGAUGGUCUGUGUUUGGGAAAACCCUCCAGCAUGCCUUGAGGGAGCUAGUGGCUAUCAAACUCAUCUUCCUCUUCUUCCUUCUCAUCUGUGCCAAGUGUGGCUGUUUAGCCUUCUCUUCAACUGUGGAAGAGUUCAGGACACUCCCGUGUGCCUUUUCAGCUCUGCUUUCCACUCUCUGUGGGAAGAUGACUUUACUCCAGUCUUUGAUGCAAGUUUCCCCUAUCCUGGGGACAACAUACAUCCUAAGCUUUGGAGCUGGCGUGCUCUGGAUGGUGCAGAGCUUCCUUUGUGCCUCUGUCCUUAACAGUUACCGUACUGUCCAUUCUGAGAUCUACCAUCCAGCUAUUGAGCCUCAGGAUUACGAGAUGAUUGAGUUUUUGGUGAAAAGGUUGAAGCUGUGGCUAGGACUCAGCAAAACCAAAGAGUUUCGCCACAAGGUGAAAUUUGAAGGGAUGGACUCCCUGAUUUCCCACUCUUCUGGAAACUCCAAACCUUCUCGCCUUCCUUCUCCGGGCACAAACUUUCACUGUGCUACCGCAACCAUUUCUUCCUUCAGCUCUGAAGAGCUGGUGCUUCCUGAGAGCCCCAUCCCUGAUCCUUGCAAUGUAGACUUUUACCUGGAGCACCUGCCAUCCGCAGUCAACCAUCUCCUGGACGGCUUUGACAGGGUCCUAAAGCUGAUGGAGGAUGUGUGCCAUCUUGAGACCAGCUUAGAGGAGACUCAGAGGAGAAUUUGCAAGAAGAAGAAGAAGGGGCAGAAAAGCCAUCCCAUGGAAAAGGUAGCAACACUCGCCUCAAGAACCAGCUUAGGGCUGCCGAGAACUUACAGCACCUUCUCAGAGUCUGCCUUAGCCAGGCUCCGAGCUCAGCAUGUCAGGAUUUCCAGCUGCAGUGCCACUGAAGGGGGCAAGCAGCACCCAGUGGAUACUGUACCUCAGCAAAGCUCAACAGGAUAUAAGGUUCUGGUGGGGAACCCUCCAGCUUCAGGCCACAUCUUCCGAAGCACUCUUCCCUGGCCGGCCCAUUUGUUCAAAAAGAGACCCAGGAGUGAGGAAGGGCAGGGAUAUCCAUGUUGUGACGUGCUUCCGAGACAGAUCCCUUUAAAGAGGAGAGCGUGGCAGACCGAAGGAACAGGUGACAUAUAGACAACCUCUGUGUGGGUUUAACUGCGCACAAGAGCUGCUACCCAUUUGUUUUCCCUCCUCGUGCUUCACUCACAUAAUGCACCUCACUGGAGAAGUAGGGUCCAGAUUAACCUCCUUGCCUUUGUUAUCUUUCAGGGUACUACAAAUUGGGUGAACUCUGCCUAGAAUGCCUUAAGUUUUCUGCACAGGUAGUGGUGCGUGUAAAGUACUUUGUAGUGUAUUACAUUAUUUACAAUCUAGCAUAGUAGCUUUGCGCAAUCCUACUGUAUUUUUGUACUACUGUCUGGAAUGAAAUACCUACAAGGAAGGCUUUAGGACAGGCAUGGGCAACCUCAGGACAAGGGCCCAAAUGCAGCCUCCAGGCCUCUUUAUCAGGCUUUUCAAACUCUCUCCAAGCCACAUCUUCCUUACCAACUCCCCACCCUCCCUGUCCCUGAUGCACUCCUGCGUAUUUCUGCCUGACUGAAACGCAUUCUUUA